AUGGCUGUUACUCUCCCUCCGAUCAAUUUCGGCUUUGAAGAGCUCAGAGACCGCAUGGUGCGUUUUACAGUCAAUUUCGACGAGUAUAUUGAGAGAAACCGGAAGCGUAUCUUGGAGGAGAGAAACGAGUUUGCCAAAAACGUUGUCGAGGAUAAAGAUACCCAGCGGAUGUUAAAGAAAGAAAUUGAGCACUAUAAGCAAAAGGAGAAAGAUGUCGCUGAGAUCGUUGCAAAAGAAGACCAAGAAGCUGCUGAAGCAGAACAAGCCAUUUCUGAGAUGGCCCGCAAAAAGCAAUGUAAAGAGGAACAACGCACACACCUUUUAGCGCAAAUUGAAGAGACUCAAGAAGCUAUACUCAAGAAGAGAAAAAUGAGAGCGGCUGAACGUAAAACCUUGAGUUCUCAAGCUUCACGUAAUACCCCAGAGCUCUUGUUCUGGGAAGAUUAUCUAGGCAUGCGUAUAGAAGGGGCAGGUGUCACCGACCACCUGAAGUUUGUCUUCACACAUAUUAUUGAUUCCGAUUGGACUAAAGAGUUCUCUUUCAUUGUCAACAUGGUUACUAGAGACUAUGAAGUCAUACAAUGUCGGCCAAAGGUAGACAAGACGAAAAUAAUCGAUGUAGUGGACAAAUUGAACGAAAGGUAG